AUGACUACUACUACUACAUCUGAUGACUGGAACGCUGCUGUCAACAUCCUUCAUAAUGUUGUAUUCCUUGACAUCCAAAAUGUCAUUUCGUUGAACGGUACCUACUGCUUCAAUUUGAAUAUCGAGUCUCCUGGCGUCAAGAAGAUUGUUUUCCGCAUCAGAAAAUGGGAUAUCGAGGAGAUAGAGGAUCCGGGUGUGAAGACCAAGGAGGGUGAGAAUAUCGAGGACCCUGAGAGUCUGAUUUCUGAGCCCAUCAUCGCGUCCCCGUGCAACCUUCUCACCAGGCGGAUCGGUAACCCCAAUCCAGAUCCCGAAAAUCCGCUUGCGCCUUGGAGUUACUGUGUCUCCAAAAGAUCCGCUGAUGUGCUGGAGGACCCAGAGGCGACAACUGAGAAGCGCCAGAAACUUGACGCGUGA